AUGGAGAAGUGGUUACUGUGGACCCUGCUCCUCAUCACCUUCUCAAGAACUAUGGCCCUAACAGACAACUGCGAGGAGGAAAACAAAGAACAACAUUUUCCAACUCAGUCCUUAUACAAAGACCUCCACAGGAAAGUAUUCCUUUUCCCAGCAUCAUCGGCUGAUUCCUAUGUGACUCUGAGUCCACUGAAGAACACAGAGCUGCAGAAUUUCACUGUGUGUCUGUGGACCUACACAGAACUGACUCGUGGCUACUCUGUGUUCUCUUAUGCCACUCAAGCUUCUACCAACGAGAUCCUCCUCUUUAGGGAUAGUGUUGGGCAGUACAGUUUGACCGUUGGAUCAGAAGAGGUUACCUUCCAGGUGCAGGAGCCUUCCUUUACCCCAAUAAAUAUCUGUGCCACUUGGGCAUCAGCCUCAGGGGUUGCUGAGAUAUGGGUAGAUGGGAUACCCUUGGUGAGAAAGGUUUUGAAACAAGGAUAUACCUUGAGUGCAAAUGCCAUGAUCAUUCUGGGGCAGGAUCAAGAUUCCUAUGGGGGUGGGUUUGAUAUAAAUCAAUCCUUUGUUGGGGAAAUUGGGAAUGUGUACAUGUGGGAUUAUGUGGUUCCAUUCCAUGAGGGUAAGAUCAGUUGUAGUCAAGCCAAUGUCCUAAACUGGAAGAAAAUGAAAUAUGAGAAGAUGGGCCAUGUAAUUAUGGUGCCCCAGCUGAGAGACUGAAUCCCAUUUUCUUCAGAUGAUGUGAUCAAGAUAAAUGAAGAUGAAUGAUGUUGAAUGAUUAUACCCUUUGAGAUUAAAAGUACUAUUGUUUUGUUUUGGCUUUGGGUGUUUUCUCUUCCUUUUGGAGUUCCCCUAAGGGACACUCAUAUAUCCUGGGUCAAAAUAAGCCUGUAAGAAUGACUUUUUUUUUUACAGAGUGAGUACAUACAUCUCCCAAAAUGAGCUGAGCAUGGUCUGUAAAAAUCUAGUGUAGCAUCUGGGCCUUGGCUGGGCUACUUGGGGAAGGUUAAAGCCAAGUUCUGGUCCCAUCUAGUAAAACCAAAAUGAAAAAACACUAAUUUCACAACCCUGCCCAACUUGUCUUAUAUACUUAUUAGCUAUUUGAUUCUAGCUUGACAAGGCAUUUUUAGUCUCUAAGUUUCUCUGUCUAUAAAUGUAGAUGUUUGGGCUUAGUAGGCUUCAUGGUCCCUUCUAGCUCUAAAUCAAUGAUCCUAUCACCCUCAGUGGAGGCCAAGGAGAUAGUCACUGUGCAGGUGCUGACUAAGAUGAGUGUGAAUUAUUUUUUAGGGUUGUCUAUGGUUCAGAACCCCAAGAUAUAUGUUAUAUGAAUAGGGUCUAAUUUCGUGGAUUGUCCCUUAAAACAUCCUUUCUUUUGCUUGUAUUGCUUCAAGUGUUCCCUCUGUGAAAUUUUAGAUUUGUAUUUAAAUUUGUAUCUAAAUCUCCACAAUAAGAAUAAAAAAAAUUUUUGU